UAAAUAUCUCAGCUGUUGUCAGCACUGUCAGUAGUCAAUAGAAGGAAACUUUACAUGUGUGGAGGAGUAGACAGACACCUCCCAUUAAUAGUGACAACUGUAAAAAUGAUGUUUAGAAAUUUGUUAACCAAAAAGUGUUCGUUUUUACUCCUUAGUUGUGAUACGUGACAGUUAUUACAUUGAGUGUGCAUUUGUAGAUAAAUUGUACGAAGUAGAUUUCACGCGUGUGCAGGCGUCCAUGGGCACGCGCAGCCCCGGGGGCGGGGAGCCGCGCUGCGCCAGGCAGCCGCGCGGCCGGCACCGAGCGCGGGACGAGCCCCAGGCGCGGGACGACGCCGAGGCCACCUCCUACCUGCGCAUCUGGCAGGUGCAGCAGCUGGGACGCUCGUACAUCGACAACCUGAUGAACCGUGCCCUGGAGGACGCGCAGGGGGGCGGGCUGGCGGGGGAGGGGGGCGUGGAGGACACGGCCGUGCUGGCCGCGAUACGCGACCACGGCCUAAAGCUGCCGCGCCGCCGGCCCCCGCCCCCGCCGCUGGAGCACUCGUCCUUCAUGGACGCUGCCGUCAUGGCGGCCAUUCAGAGGAAGGGCCUGAGCUCUCUGUCGGCCUCCGACGUGUAGCUCGGCGGGGGCUCCUUGUCACCGGUGAUGACCGUGUAGCUCGGCAGGGCUCCUUGUCACCGGUGCUCCGACGUGUAGCUCGGCGGGGCUCCUUGUCACCGGUGAUGACCGUGUAGCUCGGCGGGGGCUCCUUGUCAUCAGUGAUGACCGUGUAGCUCGGCGGGGGCUCCUUGUCACCGGUGAUGACCGUGUAGCUCGGCGGGGGCUCCUUGUCACCGGUGAUGACCGUGUAGCUCGGCGGGGCUCCUUGUGACCGGUGAUGACCGUGUAGCUCGGCGGGGCUCCUUGUCACCGGUGAUGACCGUGUAGCUCGGCGGGGCUCCUUGUCACCGGUGAUGACCGUGUAGCUCGGCGGGGCUCCUUGUCACCGGUGAUGGCGGCGGGGGCUCCUUGUCACCGGUGAUGACCGUGUAGCUCGGCGGGGGCUCCUUGUCA